UUCUAGAGACUCAGAAAGCGCCGAGAGAAGCAAGAUGGCGGACGUGCUGGAUCUUCACGAGGCGGGGGGCGAAGAUUUCGCCAUGGAUGAGGAUGGGGACGAAAGCAUCCACAAACUAAAAGAAAAAGCAAAGAAACGGAAGGGCCGCGGCUUUGGCUCCGAAGAGGGGUCCCGAGCGCGGAUGCGGGAGGAUUACGACAGUGUGGAGCAGGACGGCGAUGAACCUGGACCACAGCGCUCUGUUGAAGGUUGGAUUCUCUUUGUCACUGGAGUCCACGAAGAAGCCACUGAAGAAGAUAUCCAUGACAAAUUCGCUGAAUAUGGGGAAAUAAAAAAUAUUCACCUUAAUUUGGACAGGCGCACGGGAUACUUGAAGGGGUAUACUCUAGUUGAAUAUGAAACAUACAAAGAGGCUCAGGCUGCCAUGGAAGGACUAAAUGGUCAAGAUUUGAUGGGGCAGCCAAUCAGUGUGGACUGGUGUUUUGUUCGUGGACCACCAAAGGGCAAGAGGAGAGGAGGCCGAAGACGAAGCAGGAGUCCAGACCGGAGACGCCGUUGAUAAAUCCUCUGUCGACUGGGUGGUCUCUCUACAAGUCCAUUUGGUUAUGCUGCCUUGGAUAAACAGGGCUAGGGCGGACCUUGUGUUUAUAUUUAAUUUCUUACCCUAUCUACUUGGCAUUGCUUUUGAGUUUUAGAAAAAAAUAAAUGUUCCAUUUUGUUUUCUAUGUUUAUUACUUUACUGUUCUGGAAACUGAACAACUACAGUGGGGCAUUGUGAAUGAUUGUGAAGAUCCUUCUGUCUGGCGUGGCAUUCUAAGUUUCUAGAAAGGCUCAUGGAGACUGUUCAGCAUUUCUUUGUCUUAGAAGAUAAGGGUAGGGAUAAUGAGAUUUUUCUUGUGGAAUUAAGGAAUGUAUUUUGCAUAACUCUUGUGAGCAGAUGUUAUAUUAGUGUCUCUUGCUUCUCUGUCAGAGCCUGUGCAGCUGGCCUUGAACUUCAGGGGCUUUGUGAUGCUUAGCCUACUCUAUGUUGAAUAUGGUGCUGAACUGUGAAGUUUAUUAGUUCUUACAAUGUAAAAGAAACCCAGCUUGAUGGGCUGGAGAGAUGGCUCAGUAGUUAAGGGCACUGACUGUCCUUCCAGAGGUCCUGAGUUCAAUUCCCAGCACCCACAUGGUGGCUCACCAUGGGAUCCCAUGCCCUCUGAAGAUAGCUACAACAUACUCAUAUAAAUAAUUUUUUUUUUUAAGAAAAAAAACCCAGCUUGGGUACUAUGUAACAAUAUGCACACCUUUAAUCCCAGCACUUGGGAAGCAGGUGGAUCUUUUGGUUUAAGGCCAACCUGGUCUACAGGAGAGUUUUAGGAUAGCCAGGGCUGCACAGAGAGAUCCUGUCUCAAGAAAAAAAGACAUUGCUAUCCCUUUAUCAUAGGGUUUUGGUUGUUUUUUUUUUUGGGGGGGGGUUUUGUUUUUUUUUUUAAUUUUUCUGAGACAGGGUUUCUCUGUGUAGCCCUGACUGUCUCCCCUGUGCCUCCCAGGUGCUAGGAUUAAAGGCGUGCACCACCACUGCCCGGCUUUUAUCAUAGUUUUUAGUUGAAAUUAUUUUUUGGUAUGUCUGUAGCAGCUGGUUUGUUGUUUGUGUAGGUCCCUAUGUGACCCACACUGGCCUCAGACUGAUGUUCCUGUCUCUCUCUCCCCAGUGCAUAAUGGCAAAUAUUAAACUUAACGUUUUUUCAGAUGCUAUUGGCCCUUCUCUUCCUUUUGAUAAAUUGCUUGGGGUUUGAAUUGAAUUGGUUAAGAAUAUAUCUUAGUUGAGAUUUGCAGGGUUUAGGAUGCCUUGGUGGUUUCUGAGAAGGUAGAUUAAAUAAGUAUUGGUUUUGUGGAAGAUACGCCUGGUUCUCAGAUUUCUAGCUGUUGUAAGGUAUUUGGAAGAGUGAGUUGAGUAAGCAUGAGGUCCUGAGGGCUGGUAAACAGUAUCAGCCAGAGAACCAGUAGGUGAGCUGCCUGGAUAGGAAGGGUAUGGUCACGUAGUUGGGAAGAUGCUCUUCUGGCUUUACUCUGAGAAAUAAGAAUAGCUCAUAGGGAUUAGAGAUGUGGCUCAGUUGGUAGAAUGACUGCCUAGUAUGCACAGCCCCAGGCUUUAUAACAGGACCAAAUGGGUACGACACUCCUGCCUUUGAUCCUGGCACUUACUGGGGAGGUGAAGGCUAAAGAAUCAUAAGUUGAAGUCAUCCCCAGCUGCAUAGCCAGGUGGAGGAUUAGCCUAUGAGAUCUUGUCCUGGGUGAAAGGGGAUGGAAAGGGGGGAAACCUCAUCAAUUUACUGUGUGACCUUCUAACUCCCCUUCUUUAUACAGAACUUAACCAUGUACAGUAGAAACCCUCUUUAACAUACUAUGACUUUAAAACUUGAGCUUAAAGAAGUAAGCAAUUUCUUGGGGCUGGUGAGAUGGCUUAGCGGGUGGGUAAGAACCACCUCUUCCAGAGGUCCUAAGUCCAAAUCCAGCAACUACAUGGUAGCUCACAACCACCUGGAAUGAGAUCUGAUGCCCUCUUCUGGUGUGUCUAACGUCUGCUACAGUGUACUUACAUAUAAUAAUAAAUAAAUCUUUAAAAAAAGGCAA